CAUCAUCAUUGUUAUUUAUCACCUUAUAUAUAAUAUUGUUGUCUGUACUCCAUUUCCAUUACGAAUCAAGCAUGGUCUCCUUCUUCCUCUUCCUCCGCAGAGGAAGCUUCAGAUUCAGCUUGUUCUUGCUCUGUCUUCUUCCUGUGCUCUGCUCCUCCCAGUACUACCCGCCGUCGAAUCCGCGGCUGGAGAAGGCCUACGUGGCGCUCCAGGCCUGGAAGAGAGCCAUCACCGCCGACCCCAAGAACGUCACCGGCAACUGGUGCGGCCCCCACGUGUGCAACUACACCGGGGUCUACUGCGCGCCGGCGCCAGACGAUCCCUGCCAGAUCACCGUCGCCGGAAUCGACCUCAACCACGAUGCGUUGCAGGGCACCCUCCCUGAGGAGCUCGGCCUCCUCGCUGACCUCGCCGUCUUCCACCUCAACUCCAACGGCUUCCGCGGCACUCUCCCGGCGUCGUUCAAGGGAUUGAGACUCUUGUACGAGCUCGACAUCAGCAACAACCAGUUCGAGGGCGGGUUCCCCUCCGUCGUGCUCGAGCUACACUCGUUGAGGUACCUCGACAUCCGCUACAACCGUUUCUGCGGCGGCGUGCCUUCCUGCCUCUUCGAUCUCCGGCUGGAUGCUCUGUUUAUUAACAACAAUGACUUCACCUUCUCCAUCCCGGAAAACAUCGGGAACUCGCCGGUGUCGGUGCUGGUCUUCGCCGACAACCAGAUCAACGGAUGCUUCCCCAAGGCCAUCGCCAACAUGCGCGACACCCUGCGCGAGCUCAUCAUCAUGAACAGCGGCCUCAGGGCCUGCAUCCCGCCGGAGAUCGGCCAGCUCACCAAACUCCGCGUGCUCGACCUCAGCUACAACCACCUCGUCGGCCACCUGCCGGCCUCCAUCGGCGACAUGAAGAAGCUGGAGCAGCUGGACGUGGCCCACAACAAGCUCUCCGGCGAGAUCCCCUGCGGCAUCUGCGACCUCCCGCGGCUCAAGAACUUCACCUACUCCUACAACUUCUUCUGCGAGGAGCCGGAGAGUUGCCUCAGGAUCCGCCGCCACGACGACCGCUUGAACUGCUUCCCCUUCCGGCCGCUGCAGCGCCCGGCCGAACAGUGCGCCGCUUUCCUCUCCAAACCCAAAUUCUGCGACUCCAACGGGUGCAUAGCCCACCCACCGCCGCCGCCGCCGCCGCCGCCGCCGCCCCCUGUUCAUCCGUACUGAAAAUGAGAUCGUUCCUGGUGAUGAUUGCUCGAUGCAUUUACAGUUUACACUUUAAUUUUCUCCGUCAAAUUCGAAGUUAAUAUAUGAUUUGUGAACUUUAAUUAGAUUACUGGAUAUAAAAAAUAAAGCUUUGUGAAUUGUGAAACCCA